UGAGCCCCUUUAACAAUGGACGGAGGGAGAAGCUCCGCCGGAUGGCGACGGGCGACGGGCGCAGCUCCCGCGGGAUGCCGAGCCUGAGGCUGCUGCUGCAGAUCUGCGUUCGAGUCGGUGCGAUGCCCGGGGAGAUGCCCGAGGUGGAUCUCUUGCUGGCCCGGGGGCUGUAAAGAGAGAAGUGGAACUGGGCAAACUCCGGGCUUCGGUGCUGCUGCUGCUGCCGCCGCCCGCUGCUGAUUCCCGGCCGCCUCACCCUGUCCCAUGGAGCUAGAGGGGCAGUGGUGGAAAGGACAGCUCGCUGCCGACAUCCACCAAGCGCUUCGUUACAAGGAGCUGAAGCUUCCAUCCUAUAAAGGCCAGUCCCCCCAGUUAAAUCUGAGAAGAUACUUUGCAGACUUGAUUGCCAUUGUGAGCAAUCGCUUCAGGCUCUGCCCUGCUGCCCGCCAUCUUGCUGUUUAUCUCCUGGACCUCUUUAUGGACCGUUACGACAUAUCCAUUCAGCAGCUGCAUGUGGUGGCUCUUUCCUGUUUGCUUUUAGCAAGUAAAUUUGAAGAGAAGGAAGACAGUGUGCCUAAACUUGAACAGCUAAACAGCUUGGGUUGUAUGACUAACAUGAACCUGGUACUAACCAAACAGAACUUGCUGCACAUGGAGCUGCUGUUACUAGAAACCUUUCAGUGGAACCUCUGCCUCCCGACAGCUGCUCACUUCAUUGACUAUUACCUCUCCAUUGCCGUUCACGAGUCCGAUCUUCACGAUGGAUGGCCAAUGGUUUGCUUGGACAAGACAAAGUUGUACAUGGCAAAAUAUGCCGACUACUUUUUGGAAGUAUCCCUGCAAGAUCAUGCAUUUUUAAAUUAUGCCCCUUCGUUAGUGGCUGCUGCAUGUGUGGCUUCUUCAAGGAUUAUCUUGCGUCUUUCUCCAACGUGGCCAGCAAGACUCCAUCGCCUUACUGCGUACUCCUGGGAUUUCCUGGUGCCAUGCAUUGAACGAUUGUUGGUAGCCCAUGAUAAUGAUGUAAAAGAAGCCAACAAGCAAAAAGGACAGCACGGUUCUCAAGCGGCCCAGCACAGUUUAUUUCAAACAACCACACAGCCUCCACAGCAGCACAUACCCCCGUAUGUUCAAGCACAUCAGACUCCUCAGCAGUAUCAUCCAACAGCGCAGCAGCAAAACUGCCAGCAGAUUCUGCCAUCUGGCCACACGUCGUCUUAUCCACUGCAGACUUGCCCAGCUGGUUUACAAGGUGGUGUCCAGGCGAGAGGUCAUAUACAGACGGCUGCUGGAAUGUCACUAACUGUCCCCAUAGAAGUAAAGCCAUGUAUAAGUGUUUCCUACAACCGAAGCUAUCAGAUCGCUGGACGUUAUCCUUGCAUUACUCCCUGCUUUGAGAGGUGAUAACUACAGCAGAAUGCUGCAAGGAGGACAGUCCUCUAUUUUUUCCUCUUAACAGCAGAGAAGUAGUUGAAUACUUUUUUUUUAAAAAAAAGGUAACUCAAUUGCAGGAACUGCUAAUAUGAGAUUAUACCUACUGGUAAGGUGUUAAUAACCUGAGAAGGGUGGAAUACUCCCCGUUCACAGCUGUUGUAUUUGUUCAGUUGAAGCCUGCGCUUAAAAUUGAUGCUGAGAAACUGCUGCACUGGCUUAGUUUGUCUUCCCAUGAAGAGGAAUGAUCCCGUGUGGUUCUAAAGGGACCACUGCGUCUACCCUUCGCUAUACAGUAUUGAAUAAGACUUUAAACUCCACCAAGUGCCAUGCUUUCCUUCAAGAUGGAGAGCUAAAUGGGAGAGAGGAGAGAACCUCUUGAUUGAAAUUGGCAGUUCCGCUCUCGUUCAAGAUCUUUGGAUGAGAUUUUGUGUUAGAAUGCCCUUUGGGUUAACUUUUUUGUAUAUCUCAUACUUCAAAGUGCUUUAGUGUUUGCUGAAACCAUUUUAGAGCUAAACUGUCAUACUAACUCAGGGAAUAAUCAAACUACUUUGAUACUGGUGUAUAUCAUUUAAGUAGUGUUCUUGGGUUUCUCACUCAGGGUAAUGGCCAUAGCAAAUACCAAAGGGAGUUCAGAUACUCAUCCAGACUACUCCCUUAAUCUAAAAUUGUGCUUUCUAUUGGGAAGAAUGGUGUGCUAUCUUCAAACAAAACCAAUGUUGUAGCAUAGCCAACUGAAUAUUGUUUCCCCUAGUUUAUGUAACCAACUAUUUAUGACCCAAAUCCCCCCCAAUUGUAUGAAUUCCUACUUAAAUAGGGAGAAAGUACAAUUGAAAUCUUUUCAAGAAGCAUAGCAUUGUACAUGAUAGUUGCAGAGCAGAUACGGGAUUGAAGUUCUCAGGCUCUACCAGAACAGCUACCACUUCUUGUUUCUACAAUCGUAUUAAUAGUGAUUCAGAUAUUUUUCUGAUGUGAACUAGAUAGUCCUACAAAGACUGCUAAGUGCAUAACUAUCAGAAAGGUGAUAGUUUUUAGCUAUUUAAUUUCUUAUACUUGGGUUCAUACCCGAAACAGAUUGGCAAAUGGGUGAACACCUUACAUCUUCUCUAGCUUACUAUCUGAUGUAGAUGGGAGAAGGAAUCCAUGAUGGUUGAAGGCAGAAGGUAGCACUUGCUUCAUGAUGUCUAGGGAUGGAUUAAGCUUUUCAGAAGAAUAGUAUGAGUUGAUAGGGGAAAGUAUAUAUAAAAAUUGCCACAGAUUUUCCACACAAAAGGGACCACCCCCAAACACUUGGUGCUUUGAAGAGAAAUGGCACUGCUUGGUUGAAAAGGCUCUCCUAGAGCUGAAUAUGCUGCAAGAAAAUACUCUUUAAUUUAGAGGAGAAACAAUCCUCUGAGGCAAUUAUUUUAUACCGUAAUAUAUUUUCAGAGUGUCUUUGACAAAUGUGAGGAGUUUUUGAGAGAAGGGAACAUUCUGAGAACACCAAUUUGAUAAAAGUAUUGUCUUGUUUUCCUCUCACAUGCUAUCCUUUAAGGGGGCAGAGAGAAGGUUACAAAUAGAAGAGGUGGAGGUCUGAUGAUAUCAUUUGUGGUGGUUUCACUUUAAUAUGUGAGGAUGAAGGACUACAGAAUGCAUCUGAAAGGAAAAGAUACUCAACUUAGUUUGUAAUACUAUAUGUAAGACUCUUCAUUGUUUGACUACCUCAAUAAUAUGUUGAAUGUACAGUCUUGUGGUAAUCCAUGACUUGAAAUAACAGCAGGUUACUUGUUUUGUUUUGUUUUACAUUGGGUUCAUUUUCAUCCUCCAUGUGUGAGACAGCAAACUAGAGUUACUAAUACAAAAGAAAUCUAUUUUGUAGGCCUGUACACUCAAACAUUAGCUGAUAAUUAACACUGGAAUUAUGGGAGGGUAAUUAGUUAACAGCAAAGCCUAUGUGUAAUAGGGUAUUACUUGUAUUUAAGUCAUCGGACUUAAAAGGAUCCACUAUGUGCUAUUGGGUUUGUGGUUUUCUGCUCUGAAUUUUUUAUUUAUUUAUUAUUUAGCCUUUUGAGUUUGACAUACUAGCAGGAUAUUGACAAUAGAAUAUGCACUGUGAACCAUUUCCAGUUCUUUUAUAUAUAUAUAAAAAUGGGUUUGGUCAAUCUCAACUGAAUCCACACACUACUUGAAAUUCCGACUAAAGGAAUUAUGUGUCGUGGUCAUGCAAGAGAAAUGUCUACAAUAAAAAAAUUCCAGCUGAGUGCCAUGUACUCAUUUUAAAAAUAAAACUAGUUUUGAGCAAUCAUCUCUCUAGUGGUGUGUGCAUUUGAGUGCAGCAAGUGAAUAGAGCUCAUUCCAUACCGUAUGUAUCAGCAUGUGUUUUUUUAAUAUGCUAACUCUACAAACAAAAUAGGCAGGAAAUACUUUUUUUAAAAAACAUCUAUAGCAAAAAAAGGUCUGUACUUUAUACUCCACCACUGACACAUCCUCCUCUCCUAAGAAGGAGAGGAAGCAAGACAGGAAAUGUUUCUGUAUUAGGUUAUAAACAACUAGCAAUAGAACUAUAGGCUAUUUAUGCUGAAAUCACAUUGAAAUCAGCAUGGUUAUAGGGCAAUUGCUAACAGGAUAACAUAGAAUUCUACAGCUAUUCAACAAUGUAUUUCUACUCUUGUACUAAAGGAAAUACAAAACAUACAUAACCACAAACUUGGAAGAUACAGACUAUUGAGCAUAGGAUGGUAUGCAGGAGUGUCUCCAGAAUGAACCAAAUCCCUGGUUAAUAUGCCAUUUCAGACAUUAUCCCAAGGUAAAGGAGGUUUGGUCCCUUGGCUUCAUGGUGAAUAUUGAUCCAAGGGUGCUUUUGCUGGGUAGUCAUUGGAAACACAAGUCCUUGAACCAGCAAUAUAACAUUUUGAAUCUGGCUAAUUUAAAUCUUGCAAUAUAGAGAUGUGUGCAAGGAAAGCUUUUAUUUUCUGAUUAUUAAAAUCUUUUUAAUGCUGUUUACCACUGCAGAAAGUAAAUGAAAGCACAAGUUAAUACAAUUACAAACGAACAGCAUUUUUACAUAUAUCUAGUAAGCAAUAUGUGAGGAACAUUUAAGAUAUAAUCUCUGCAAAAGCAAUGUGAAUCUCAAGACAUAACUUACUACUUGCUGAUAUGAGUGAACAUUCAGACAUCACAACCAGCAAGCACCUCAAGGCUGCACUAAAAUUCUUGAUUCCUGAAGAGU